AUGAGUAAGGUUGAAGAAGAUCCAUUGCCAUGUAUAAGCCCAUCUGUUGUUACUUUUCAUUCUCAAAUUGAUGAAAAUGAUAUUAAAUCAAAAUCUUUUGGAAAUCCUGAUUGGACAAUACAACGAGAAAUAUCAAUUACAAUUGAUAAAACAUUUGAUAAUACAUCGAAUAUAUUUUCAAUAAAACUUCAAAUAUUAGCUGGAAUAAUAAUAACAAUAGGUUUAAUUCUUUCAAUUCUAUUACCUCUUAUGGUACUAACAAUUGAUCCAUAUUGGCCACCAUCAAUGAAAAGUCAGUUUAUUUAUUAUUUAAAAACGAAUUUAAUUGAAGAUUUAUUAAUUUAG